AUGUACUGGCUCCCACGUCAUAUCAAAGAAGUUGUCUUGUCUGCGCAUGACCCUAAACAAAAUGCGCACCUUUUGGAUUUUCACUUUUCUGAGCGACCCCAGCUUUUUGGAGCCAAGGACUGGAUUCAACCACUGUCCGAUGAUGAGAUUAGCGAUGUCAAGCACAUUCACAACAUGUGUCAGCUAAACAUGUCCUUUAAAGUGGCUGGCACGCCACUCCAACUCCAGUUUCUUGAGUGGAUAGCUCCGAGGUCUUGGUAUGGAGGAGCGGGUUCCGUCGUCAUCCAGCAGCAAGAUCUUACCACCCCAGCACUUCCGCUUUCGUCCUCGGAGCCCCAGCCUAGGCAUUGCAGUCGGUCCCAGUCACCAGUUUCGUAUUUUAAAAAACGACGAUUUCCUGACGGUGACGAUGAUGCCUUGUUUAUUGCUGCCACAAGGUCCACUUUAGACGGCUUUCCUUUACAACACAUACUUAAUUUCAUUCGUGACAAGAACUACAUUGUCUUCCACACUAAAGAUCUUGGGCUUGAAUCGGGACCAAAGAGGCGUGGGAGCUUGGUGCACAGUGCCUCCGAGGUCAAGCAAAGACUCCUCAACAGCGUACAAGAGGACGCCCGUCACAGCGAGAGCCUUGUCGUCGCGGCUGAGAAGAAGAGGAUUGAAGACGUUGCUGAGGUGGACAAGCAGAGGAUUGCGGAUCUUGCCGAGGUGGACAAACAGAGGAUCGAGGACCGUGCUGAGGUGGACAAGCGGAGGAUUGCGGAUAUGGUUGCCGUGGAGAAGCAGAAGAUCGAGGACGUUGCGGCGGCCGAGAUGCAGAGGAUUGACGACUGUGCUACGGUAAAGAAGCGGAGGAUUGACGAUUGUGCUGCAGCAGAGAAGCAGAGGAUAAAUGACUAUGCCAUGGUACAAAAGCAAGGGAUUAGUAACUCUGCUCCAGCAGAGGGAGUAGCCCGACGGAUCCCCCAGGGUUCGAAUGUUUUCCGGCAACUCCCCACGAGGCAUUUGAGCGAUGGCUAUCGAAUGCCAUCAACCACGGCGUCGUUGAAACCACACGCCAUGGUCCUGUCAACCGUCGGCAAGGAUAAUGCGCCAGACGCCCGGAUGCUGAUCCUCAAAGACAUGGACGCUCGCGGAUGGCACUCUGCAAUCAAGGCUGCGAGCCCCAGGGGCGAACAGAUUGCUAGCAAUUCCCAAGUCGCAUUGACGUUCUACUGGAAGGAGCAAGCUCGACAGAUCCAGCUCCAAGGCAGAGCACAACAGCUUCCAGAAGACGAGUGGGCCAAGGGCUUUGCCGACCGGCCACGCGACUCUAAGAUUAGUGCCGCCGCAUCCAAACAGAGUGCCGCGCUCACAAGCAGAGAUGAACUCUCGGAGGCGGCGAAAGGGGAGAAACAUGCAUUUUCUGAAGAGGCUGAAGGGGUGGCAGCGUCGGGAUGGAAGGUCUACGCUGUGGCGCCCCAAGUGAUGGAGUUUUGGCAAGGUUUUCCGGAUCGCUUACGAGUAGAGGGGCACCGAUGGGAGAAGCAAUUGCUAUGGCCUUACAGUAAAAGCCGUGGACUCAUAACACGGUCAUUGCUUUCAAAAUCAUGGCAGAUGCUGUGA